CUACCGGUUGCAGGAACAGAGGCAGCAGCAGCGGUGGUGACGGCAGUAGCGGCAGCAGUAGCAACAGCACGAGUCGCUCUGCGUUUGCCGUGAAAAUUCGCGAGUGGUCCGCGUGACAGUACUCUGGAGGUUACGUUAACAAGCUGAACGAUGAUGUCAAAGAGUUGGUGCCGCGUGAUUCGCGCGAGAUCGAACCAUUCAUCGAAUUGUCAGUGAAUCAUUUUGUUCGCUGUUGCUUUUUUCCUUGUCGUGUGAAAUCUCUCUUUCUGUUGGCCAAGAGGGAUAAUAGGCCGGGCCUAUCAGCACAGUAGGAAAAUGGCGGCUUGCCUUGCGCGGUGUAGACGACGAGGGGCAACAAGGCUCUUCGUGUAAAGUAACCGAACAUAAAAAAAAAUAACCUUUCGUUUCCGUCGAUUGUUCGUGGUGUAAACUGUGUAGUUUGUGUUCAAUCAUUGACGUGCUAAACGUGAAAACGACAAAUAACAAAAAGAGAGAGGGAGAUAAAAAAGAGAAAAAGGAGGGACCUCGUUAGCGCGAAUACCACGAGUUACGAGAUGAGAGCGGGACGCGAGGAGGAACGAAGGAAAAACAACACGAGAAGCGAGUAACGAAGAACCACUGUGCGUUCCGUUUGUGCACGCGUGUGUGCUCGCAUGAGAGCGAGCGGCGAUCAACGGUGACAAGUGUUCCGUCGACGGGGAACUUCGCCUUAGCCCCACGUCGACAAGAAGAUGAUAUUCCGGGCAUCGAGACACCGUCGUGGCUACGUCGAUCGCGAUCCUCGUGCCGCCGUUUACUGUCGUCGCCAUUGAGCUACGGCCACUUUCGCGAAAAUUAUUUUUUUCGCGAGAGAACAGUGAGGCCGUGGACAACGGGACGACAACGACGACCACGACGAUCACGAGACGAAAAGUUGGAGGAAGAUGAGAGGCGCGUGCGACGGCGGCAUAGCGAGUUUUCUCGCUCUGGCGCUCCUCUGUUUAUUCCACACGUCAUGCCUUGUGGACGGACUGAAGUGUUAUUGCGAUAUUUGCACGGAGACCAAUCACACGUGCGAAACCGAUGGCUAUUGCUUCGCCAGCACCAGCUUGGAGAACGAUGUGACCACAUACGCUAAGAGGUGCCUCGACCGAAAGCAAUGGUUCCCACCGGAAGAACCGCAGUCCUGCAACAGAAAGCGGGGUAUCUAUCGGUCCAGCAUCUGCUGUGAUAAAGAGUACUGCAACAAGAAUAUAACUCUGGAGUUGCUAUCUCCCAACUCGCCUGAAUUAUCCUCAGGAACGACUAGGAUCCGCUACGACUGGCUACCCCCACAUGUCAGGUGCGUGAAUAAACAGCUGUCGUCGUCGCAGCCCGAGCCGCUCAUCUUCUGCAUGACGAGCGACUCGCGAAACACGACCUUUGUCAUCGAGUGCUGCAAAGAGGAUUUUUGCAAUCGGGAUCUGAAACCCCAGCUCCACCCUCGCAACAAAGUGGCGGCGGGUGAGGAUGAUGCAGCGUGGGUCACUUGGAAAAUGGCCUUGAUGAUAGCAAUGCCGAUAUGCGCCAUCUGCGUGGUGGUCAUGGUCAUUUAUCAUGUUCGAAAAACCCCAGAAAGGCCCGGAAAUAGCGAUGAUUCGCAAGAGGCACCGGAUCGACCUAUCCUGGGCAGUGUUACUAUUAGGGGUAUGCUGGAAAUGACUACCAGUGGUAGUGGCUCAGUAGGCCUGCCGCUUCUGGUACAGCGAAGCAUAGCCCGCCAGAUUCAGCUGGUGGAGACGAUCGGAAAAGGUCGGUUUGGCGAGGUGUGGCGUGGUCGUUGGAGAGGCGAGAACGUUGCUGUGAAAAUCUUCAGCUCGCGAGAAGAAAGGUCUUGGUUCAGAGAGGCCGAAAUUUACCAGACGGUGAUGCUCAGGCACGACAAUAUCCUUGGAUUCAUCGCUGCCGAUAACAAAGAUAAUGGUACGUGGACCCAGUUAUGGUUAAUCACGGAUUAUCACGAGAAAGGUUCGCUGUUCGAUUAUCUGAAUAGAUCUACCGUGGACACGAACGGUAUGAUCAGGAUGGCCUUGUCGAUUGCUACUGGGCUUGCGCAUCUUCACAUGGAGAUCGUCGGUACUCAAGGGAAGCCCGCCAUUGCUCACAGGGAUCUCAAGUCGAAGAAUAUCCUUGUGAAAACGAAUGGCACAUGCGCGAUUGGUGAUCUCGGAUUGGCUGUUAGACAUGACGUAAUAACAGACACCGUCGAUAUACAACUGAACAAUCGGGUCGGCACUAAGCGAUAUAUGGCACCCGAGGUUCUCGAAGAGACGAUAAACAUGAACCAUUUUGAUUCCUUCAAGAGGGCUGACGUGUACGCUCUCGGGCUGAUCCUUUGGGAGAUCGCGAGGCGAUGUAACGUCGGCGGAAUCCACGACGAGUAUCAGCUGCCGUUUUACGAUUUGGUGCCUUCCGAUCCGACGAUUGAAGAGAUGCGUAAAGUUGUGUGCACCGACAGACAGAGGCCGUCUAUACCGAAUCGGUGGCAGUCCAUCGACGCAUUGCAAGUGAUGUCGAAGGUGAUGAAAGAAUGUUGGUAUCACAACGCGGCAGCUAGGUUAACCGCGCUUAGGAUUAAAAAAUCUUUGGCCAACUAUGGCGCGAUGGAGGACCUGAAGUGAAAGAAAAUUGGCAGCCGAUUGUUGAGAGAGAGAGAUAGAGAGAGAGAGAGAGAAGAAAAAUGAUCGUUGACAAAUACGGAAGUGCUCGAAACACACAUGGACAUUCACUCUGACUGUAACAUACUUUUAUUGCAAUAAAACUUUUUAAGUGCCGCGUUACUAUGCGCGAGAAAGGGAGCGAGAGUAUGGAAGAGAGCGAGAGCGAAAAUGAGAGAAAGAGAAAUGAGAGAAAGAGGUUAAGAUCGGUCGGUAAUGAGAAAAUUCUAAUAGUUGAAGCAGAGAGCCUAAUGAAAGACUGGUUAAAAAAAAAACAAAAAAACAAAAAAACGAAAAAAAAA